UUUGUGAAAAUUCAGAGAAAAAGACAAGUUCCCUCAAGAUAUCUUCCACAAACUGUUACUCUUAAGGCAUUAAAAUGUCAGAUAUUCAGUCUUUCCAGGCAUCAGCUGCCAAACCAUUGUUCUGGCCCAAUGCUGCGAAAAUGCAGAAAGAGGUCAGUCAUAGAGGAGUCCACAGGUAAUGUUAAGGUCGUUGCAUGCAAAAAUGCGUUCAUGAGGCGAUUUCCCUGCUUGUUUUAGAGCGAUUGUUUGACCAAAAACUACAGAAUAACCCACACAAGCAGCUUUAAAGCACUUCAACUGUUGCUUUAUCAACAUUAUUUGAAAGAUUACAACAGACGCAUUCAUUUCUUUGACUUUCUUUAAUAGAAAAGUAGCAAAACUCGCUGUGAACCACUCCAUAAUAAGUUAAGUUGUGCUUUGAAGUGUAUGUAAGGCAUUUUAUUGUUGCUUUAUGACUUUUGCACCAUAUUUAAGCACAUUUAUCUUCCAGAUUAGAGGCUUUCGGAUGAUUAUAAGUCAUUGAAAAAGAUGUUUUUAUGUGUGUCCUGAAUGGAUUCUAAAUGAGGUUUGUGUGUGGAGUUGGACACCAUUCCUCCAGACAAAUGGCUCUUGUCAUAUACUGUUCCCAAAGAGAGAGAGAGAGAACUCUUAUAACCAAACACAACCACAGAGGCAGACAGAAGAAGAGAGAAGGCAGUCACAUCCAUCUGCUCUCUGCCUGCUCAGUGUCUGGAAUUUAUUUCUAUUUUAAGGGCUUCCAUGAAGGGACAAACGGUGGAUUGAUUUAUUCGUAGCUCCGGUAGGAAAAUGGUUCCAGUUAAACUCCUCAUUCUGGGAGCUCAGAACACUGGAAAAACAGCACUGUGUGUUCGUUUCAUAACCAAGCGCUUUAUUGGCGAAUACGACCAUAAAAAGGAGGUGACCUACAGAUGCAGCCGGGCGGUCGACCAGGAAACUGUUGAUCUGGAGAUCUUGGAUGUAGCUUGUAAGGAGAGCUCUGUGGCUUCUCUGGAGUCUUCCAUCCGCUGGGCUGAUGGAUUCCUGCUGCUCUACUCCAUCACACAGCGCCGCAGUUUCCUGGAGGUCCCACGACUCAAGACGCUCAUCGACAAGACCAAACACAGUCUGAUUGUUCCUACAGUGCUGGUAGCCAAUAAAGCAGAUUUGGAAAUUGGCAGGGAGGUGACAACAGAGGAAGGACAGAGACUUGCGAAGGAUUUAAGGUGUGGUUUCAGGGAGUUGUCUGUGGCCGAAGCAGUUUUAGCCGUGGAAGCAGCUGUGUUUCAGCUCAUUAGGCAGGUGUUGGAUCAGCAGCGCCCUCUGCCUGACCGCCGCUCCUACAUGCUGACUGUUCGCCACGCUCUGACCAGGAAACUGACCCGAUCCAAGACCAUGCAGUGGUGACAAACAAUCCAAACUUUUGACAUUUGUCUGUUUUUAUUUAGAGCUCAUGAUUGAAACACUAAUCUUUGCCAGCCAGGAUGUGUGGAGAGAAACGGAAGAAAGAAGAAAUCCUCUGAAGAGUUUUAUUUUUUGAACUAUAGCUCUGUUAAUAUUCAAGACAUCUAGUGAAUAUGAGGACCGGUUUCAGAGUUUUUAUGCAGCACAGAGGAUUUGCCUGUUUCCUGGCUUAAACCUGCGACGUCUGGCUUUUUGGGCUCAUGCGUCUUGAGGCCUCUGUUUCAAAAAGUAAUACAGGAAACAUGCACAACAGGACAGUUGUUUUGCAAAGCAGAUAAAGCAGAUGAGCGUUCGAACUUGGAGAAUAUGUGUGUCGCACAUUCCUGCUCAGUCAGGAGUAAUCUGGAAAAGAGGUUAAAGCAGGUUGAAGACGGUACUAGAAGGAGAAACAAGGGGUCAACAGGUAAAGCUUUAAUAACGGGCUCCUCUCAUCACCUUUUAAAGCAGCAGACAGUUUAAGACAGCUUGGAUGAGAGUCCAAAACGGUCAGAGAAGGCUGGACGGAUGAUGUCUUUUUAGGUUGAAUUUUCCAUACAACUCCAAUUUUAUAGAAAGACAGCAAUCCCUGUGCAGUUAGGAUAGAAACACACUGAAACACAAGUAAAAUAAGAUUCUUUUAUUAGUGUCUGUUGUAUAUUUUACAAGCAAUGCAUUUUAUUGUGCAUUUGCAGUUUGUUGUGUGAUCCAUUCUCCAGUAGAGGGCGGUGCAGCACUUUAUCUGAUGGAGACUUUGGCGCACUAUUUGGCCAGAGGUGUACAGUUUGAACUGCUUUGUGUGGACCUCAACCUCUUGAAGAGUCUUUGGAGGUCUUUUCCACAAAAUUCUGUGGAAAACCUCCCCAGAAGAGCAGAUUAGUAACAGAGGAAAUGCCACCGUUUUGCAAUAACCCAAUCAAAAAUGACAUUUAGGUCCGUCAGCUUCAUUAUCUUCCCUCAAGUUUACUUUAAUAAUUAGACAUUUUUGUGUGUAAUUCACACAAGAGUCAACGAAGUUCAUGAGUCUGUGAGUAAAGCGGUUAAAGUCGCCCUUGCAGUUGGAGCGUACAGAUGAUGUAAGAGUGUGUAAAGAAUGAGGCUGGCUUUCAUUUCAGUCUUGGCGUUACUCGACUGUGUCUUCACGUUUCUCCCCAUGCAUCUUGCUUUCUUCUGAACUUGUGAACUUUAUGCUCGAGAGACAUCUGUAAAAAGAAAAAAAAAGAGACAGGAAAAAGCAAGACAGCGAGAGACAGAAAAUAAAGCAGACUGUAACAGGAAAGGAAAAUUCUGGGCUUUUUUUUUUGGCAUCUUUGUCAUCUAUAAGCAGCAAAAAAAGAAGAAUAUGAGCUGUUCUGUUGCAGCCACAGCUAUCUGUGAAGACAUUAUAGGAAAUUGGAUGUGUGCUCUCUCUUAUCCCUCCGCUCUGACCACCCUAUGACCGUUCACCAUGUUACCCAUCAACUACUCCACCCAGCUGCCACCAACCAACCAACCAACCACAGAGCUCCAUGCACUUAUAUAUAAACACAGAAGAUGUAAAUGUGCAGACAGUUACAGAUUUCGGCUCUAGAUUUUCUUUAUAUCAAACCACAUUUUGCUGCUUUUUAUAGCAACAGCCACUCUGUUAUUUAUCAUUCUGUCAUUGCCUUUUUGCAAUGUCGCUCUCACUGUUGACAAAGUGAAAUUAUUGUCUGUAUUUUUUGGUUUUGAAAUGGAACUUAAUGAGUCCUCUCAACGUAUAAUUUGGCUUGGUUGCAUUGUAAACAGACGCAAGUUCCUCUGUUUCUGUUGAGUAGCUUUUCAUGGCAUGUUUGAUAAUCAUCCAGUCAUUCAUAAGAUAAUGGGUAAAACUAAUACUUAUAUGCUGGUUUAUUUCCGUUUUCUCCCCAUGACACUAUUGAGGCACUGAGUUGCGGUGGUUAUUUCUUGCUAACUAUUGUUGAAUAUUAAAAGGCUGCUUUGGAACAGAAGUCAUUACUAGCAAAGUAUGAAUUGCUAUUCCCCCACAUGAGCGGACGCUACAGUGAAUAAGCCCAAGCGUGUUAACGGUGGAGCGAGAAAGAGCGUUGACGUGAGGACUAAUUGUCUGGUAGUGACAGUGUGCAGCAGAGUGAACCCAUCACUGACUCACACAGACACAUAAACCACAUAAAAAAAACUGUGUUGUCCCCCACCUCGGAGGCUUUGAUGAUGCCGCUCCUGCCGCCUGUGAUGCCAACAAACCUGAGUGGAUUAGGGAGGCAGACGAGGAAGGCUUGAAUAGGAUGAUGGCAACGGGGAGAGGGGAUGACAUCACACCGGUCACCAAGGAGAUGAAAGGUCAGGACCCCGUGUCAACUCUCCAGCUCAGAAUAGAAGAUGAGUCAUGCCUGCAUCAUUGCACCAGCAGCCAAUCAGAAGCAGCCUGUCACAGCGCCGAUCAAUGGAUGAAAAGCCAGUCGUGGACCUGCAGUGAAAGAGCACUGAGUUUUUUUAUAAGUUUGUGCUUAUUUUAAAUACAUUACGUAGAAAUGAUCAUUUCAUUCAUGCAGUGUGUGUGCCUUUGUCCAGGAGGAGGUGAAUGCUUGCUUUCCAGAAAAGCUGACAGCUGUUUAUAUGUGCUGAUCAAAGCCAGUUGUAAACCGACGAUCUUCCUCCUACUUUACUGACAGACGGUUAUUUACAUCAGGACACCACAGUUUAGCAAUCAAGUUGAUUUAAUGAACACAAACCAACCAACACAAUUCAACACACUCAUCAAAAAGGGAUCAGCAGUGAUUACAUGAUUCGCAGACUGUCAUUAAAGGUAUCAUCAUUAAAGCGGCACUCAUCAAUAUUUUUAUAUCAACAAUCAGAAUAAUACCUAUGUGUGUGUGUUGCUCAGUGAUUUACAGAAAUGAUUCCUUCCUCUGCAGACUGUCAUUGUUUUGGUUUAUUCGCUUGCAUUAGCCUUACUUUACCAGCACCAGACAGAUUUAUGUUUCAGAAAAGCUCUAAAAAUACAUUCUACACGGGCAGUAAAGUUAGCAGGAUGCUGGUGGACAUAAUGGGAUUUGAACAGCUAAACAGAUGGGUGAUUCUCACAGAGGUUGGUGGGGACCAAAACUGAGCUUAAAGGUGACUAAGUUAAUCAGUAUUUGACCUACAUUUGCCAAGUUUCCAAACAGCACUGUGACUUCAUGUUGGUUGUAUUUUUCUGAGAGUUUUAGGAAUAAUAUAUCAAAAAUGUACACUACUGUUUAAAAGUUUGGGCUCACUUAGAAAUGUCCUUAUUUUUGAAAGAAAAGUAGUUUUUUUUCA